AUGGCGUGGCCACUGCUCAGUUCCCGAGUGGUGGACAAGAGUGACAAUGCAGAGGUCAAAUCUGUACAGCUGAUGCCAAAACUGCCGCUGAAUGGACCGUCAGGACACCUUCAAGCAGAAAUUCUGCUUGGAAAGUCUGGCGAAUUUGAUUUCCGCGUGACUUCCAAACGUAUUGCCCAGAACUUGUCCCGAAUUCCUGCAACUGCCCGCUUGCAUAGGCCUCUCCCGCCGUUGCAGGAAAACUGCGAGUCAAGGACGCACAGACAGCGUUGCACAGGACAAGCAGGCGAGUUUGCAAGUGAUCUCCAUAAGAUCGACCAUCUGCAUUUGGUGCAAUCCCUGCCCGAUGAUGGAACGGGAUCCCACGCCACAGACCAGGCUGAUGCUGAAAGGCCCGAUCAAAGUUCCUUGCAGGAGCUUGGUGUACCUGAGCUUGAUGUCACCUCGUUGAUGGCAGGCACGGCCAGCAGUAGGAGCUUGUUUUCGAGCGUGGCCUCUUCAGAAGCAAGCUUGACAUCGGCAUCACAGGUCUCGCUGAGGCGUGAUGCAGACACCUUGGCAGCUGGUCGGAAGCGGGCGAAUGCGAACUCGAGCCGGAGCCAGAAAUCAAACGUUCUUGUCGGAGAGCUUGAACCUUGGGUCCUAGACCGCCUGAAGGCCUGCUUUCAGCACUCCUUUUCCGAGGUGAAGGCUCAACUUCUUGAGAUGGAACGCGUUCUGACUGGGCCGAACAAAGAAGGCGACGGUGAUGACGACACUCCGGUACUGGCGGCUAAGAGGCCAAACAGACUAAAGGAGAAAGAGAAGCGCAUGAAGCAGGCCGAGGCAGCAACAGCCCAAGCGAGCCAAGCUGGGGAGGUGCUGCACCACGUGGCUUCCAUGCAGGCCGCUUUCGAAGCUUCUGGACUCGAGGGCUGGGAGCAACCGCAGCAUCCAGCUGAGGUGAAAGCCAUGACCUCCACCACCAGGUCAACGCAGCUUCAUCCUCUGGCCGCUUCUGUCACUGCACAGGCGAUCGCAGAGGCAAGCGACAAGGACGAGGAAGAAGAGGAGGAGAAUCCGGAAGAGGAAAUUGCGACCUCCUCCGAUGUCGAGGCCUUCCGCAGCGCGCAGAUGUUGUGUUUUGUGCGGCGGCUUUGCGGUCUGCCACUGGUGGAUCUCAAUCUGCAUUUGGAGGCUGCGUGCCGAAUCUUCUGCGAGGUUCUGCAGCCGCUGCAGCCACCGGCUGGGGUUCGGGCAGCCAGACUCGGCGACGGCCACGGGCCCGAUUUGUCGCAUGCGACUACAAAGUUUCUUGAGCUCCAGCUCGGCCAGGUUUCAGUGGUGCACAGCGAAGGAUCCCUCGUGGAUGCGGUGGAAGAAGGCUUUGCGGCGAUGCAUGCGAGGACUGGUCCACCCCGUGUCGUCGUCCAGCAUGAGAAGCGCGAAGUAACGUGGAGGCACCGACCACAACAAGAGCUGAGGAAACGCCAGGCCAGUUUCAAGCGCCAGAAGGAGAAGCUUCUGAUUGAGCAGCAAAACUUCAUCAAAAAUCUGCAGGAUCGACGAAAACCGACUGAGGAAGAAGACAGAGCAGCUGCAGCUGCAUUUCCAUCAACGAACCGCAGGAUGAACACGUUUGACUGCAGGCCCGACCAGGAUCUUCCGCUGGUCUCCGACAUCUUCCGGGACUUGCAGCCGCUGCUGCAUCACAUGACGAAGAUGACGAAGAUGGAAGAACAUUCCGGACCAAGUCACGCAAACUUGUCCUUGCGGACAGAUAUCAUCAGGCCGAACGAAGAAGCAAGACAUGCAACCGCCGGUUGUCACGGCGAUACGAACGGAGCGUUUGCAAUCCGGCGCAAGCUUCUGAGCCCAAGUCUCCGAGGAUUUGGCGCGUUCCGGAGGAACGAUACAUGUGUUCUUUGGACGGGCAGCAGUGUGGUUGGGUCUGGCAUGGACGGAUGUGUUGACAAUCACGUGGACGCGAUUUGCUAUCCUCCCUGCGGUUGGGUUCCAGGAUGUCUGCUCAAGGGCUGGCAGCUUGCUUGGACCAUCAUGCCCGACACCUUCAGGUACGGACCGACAACAGAGACUUCGGUCAGAGUGUGGCGGGCGAAAAUCGACUUUGUCGAGGGAAGGCCUGUUGCCGUUGAAAGACAAGCCCAGGUGCCAGUAAAAGGCUUCGCCGUGGACUGUGCAGCUCACGGUGAGCCAUUCUGCAUCAUCUUCUGGCCCGACAUGCCUCCUCCCUCCGAGUAUGAAAGUGUUGGCAUCGAAGUGAAAGUGUCUGGACUCACAGGCCCAGCAGGCCCGGACUCAGAGCUCAGCUUCUUCUACCAGGUGGCACCCUUUCGCCAGGAGGACAUGUGCAAGAAGAUGCUGCUGGAGGCGCGGCGCCUCUACGAGGUGAUCUCGAACCAACGCCUCUGGGCCGGCAGUUCCCUGCCGGUGGAGAGGCCAAGGCGGCUUCGACGAGCGAGUGAUUUCCUGCAGCAGCACAAGAGUGCCCUUCAGCCCAUGUCCCAUGCAGGCAUGGACAUCACUGUCGACGGAGUCGAUUUGACAGUGACGAUUCGGGCGCCGGUUCAAGCUAUCAAUGCCGAGCUGCAUGUGGUUCGCUUUGGAGGCGAUGAGGACAUCGUUCCCAGGGCUGCGCAGGCUCAGCGGCUGCCGAACUGGAACUUCCUCAUUCGAGUCAAGAUACCGCUUCCGCGUGCCCGGUACCAGCUGCGCAUCCAACCGGACUCGCCGGAGGACGGCCCGGGUCUCUGCUACUCCAUCACCUUCAACGAAGCCACAAGAGUUCCAGCACUGCUCACAUCAUUGGAUGAGCCACUGGCAAUGAAGUUUGGCUAUGCUCCAAUCACGUCAGCUGGGCAGGUUCACGGAGUAGUCCUGUUGAGCCCGCUGAUGUUUAGAAUACCUGCCGGGACAGCAUACUUUCUCAUCUGGGUCAACAAGGCCGUCGCCUUGGAAGCCGAGGAGCCCGAGAAGUCCACGGGCCUCACCACUCUUUUCGCCUCGCGUUUGGGAGCUUCGCCUCCUGAAAGCGUUCAACUUCCAGCCAUGAUGUCGAAAAGCCUGGGGAAGUCAACAAAAGAUCGCAGGUCUGCUCUGCAAACGCUUCAAGCUCAACUCAGCGGUCAAUUUGGCCCUUACGUCCAGGACUCAUCGGGAGAUGUCCACUUAGAUCUUUCCUUCAAGGAUGGCAAGUGUGUACGGCGAUUGCAUGAACGUACUGACAUGCCGGGUUUGUUUGAAGGCUUCCUCACUUUCGGGCAGGUGGAUGCGCAAUCGAAAGUAAAGCUCUUCUUGCGUUUACCAGGCAAGGAUGCGCGCGGGUACAAGCCGCGGCUGCUGUGCGAGUGGCUCAUCUGUCGUGCGCACGGUGAGCCCUUGCCCAAAGGGUUUACGUAG